AGGUUAUUCAGCUUUGAUGAAAAGUCGAUGUUACAGUUAGAAUGAGUGACAAUGGCUAUUUUAAUUCUGAUCGCUUAAGGUAUAGCAAUCCAGUUAUCUAUUUUUCAGUACCUAAUAUAAAAUAUAAAAAAAAGUAUAAUAUAUAUCCCGACUUAUAAGACAUGUUAAAUUUCAAACCUUAAGAAAAAAUUCUUUAAAAACAAACAACACUCAAAUAAAAGGAAUCACUUUAAAAAUGUAUCUGGUCUAAAAUUUUAAAAUAGAUUUUUGAAAAACUGGAGAUUCAGAUUUGGACUAUCUGUGUCAAGUUUCUCAGUGAGCAUUGGUGUCGUAAUUCUCGUACUGACAGCUCAUCCGGGUCCUCCACAGACAGCUGUUAAAAUGGUAAGAGCAUCAAACGUCACGCGGCAAUAUAAACUCUAACACCACUUUCAAACUGAUUGAAUUAAAGGGGCUUUGCACACGUUGUUGUUCUAAAAUAACAACUUUUGUUUGUUUUUGCCUUUUUUAAAAUUAAAGACAGAUAGUUGUAGUCUGAGAAGAUGUGUUGGGGUAAAACAGCAAACAUGGCUUGUAAAAAAACAAAUAACUCACAUGCACAAGUUAGACGAAAAGGGAAAGAUUUUUUUUUUUUUAAAUUUCAUUUUUCUAAAACAGGUGGUAGAAGGAGAAAAUUCACCCAUUCAGUUUGAGCCAGUGUGCGUGGACUGUGCUAAACUUUUCAAAAAUCCAUUCUAUACAUACUUAAAUGAUCCCCUCUUCGUGAAAUUGCACACUGAAAUCAGAGACGGUCACCGUCAGUGCUGCAUCAACGACACUGAUCAAAUGGCGAUACUUGUAGACAUGGUGAGUGUCAUUAUUUAAGAUGUUAACAAGAAACAGUAAAGAGGUUAUGCACACCUAAUGCGGCAAUGAAAUACUAUCUGUCUGAAAAGGCGUGCGAUAUUGAAGGCACGCUUUCAAAAAAAAAAAAAGGAUGUAAGAUUAAGAUUUUGAAAAGUAAGAAAAAUAGAACAUAAACGUUUAUUACGGCAGUUCCAGAGGGUUGGAGCAGUGGUAUAAAAUUUACUUGUAAUAAACAAGGGACACCCAGGAAAGGGUAGAUUUUUUUUUGGUCAAAGAGAUACAAGGAAAGUUCAGUUCACAAGAAUACUUCCGUAAAGCUAAACGAUUUAAUGACGUUUUAAAUGCCUUAACAUAGUGUGAUUGCCAUUUAGUGAUUCUUCAUUUACAGAUUCUCAAAGACACGCAGAUUGCAGGUAUGUUCAAGUGCAUAUCAAACAUAUGGCCAUUAACAAUUGUUAUAGAGAGGCUGUGGGCAGUCAGCCUAGGACCUCAAAUUUAAAAAGAACAAAUUUAGAGUUCAUCAAAAUCUAACCUUUAACGGGGUCAGUGACCUCACUUACACACCAAUGAUUACUUAAUGAUCAGUAAGAUGUAACAUAGUGCGCAUGUGUGCUCUGAAUCAACACAAACAGCAACAAGGGUCACUAGAAGGUAUUCAAUUAAAGGAGAACAGAGAUUAGUUAAAUGCGCUGGCUCCCAACGCAAGAUUUAAAAGAACUGUUUAUAGAAACGAAAUAAUCCUCCAUAAAAUUGAAAACCAUUUAACAUUAAAGUACCAGUUUUGUUAUUUCACUUCAAAGGACGAAUUUAUACGCUUAUAAAUUAGGCGAUUCUGGCCUUGGUCAAUCCAAUUAUUCUUUGCAACAAUUUUUGAAAAAGUUCACAUUAUAUUGCAGUGUAUAUAAAAUGGCUAUUUUCUAUCUUUACUUUAAAUAACUUAUAGACCGAGAGUUGAGCAAAUAUAACAGCUAAGCUUAAACCAUAUAGUCUUGCCAUGGAUCGUAGAAGCUGGCAAGGCAGAGCACAACACUCAGAAAAUAAACGAACCGCACUCGCUCAAAGAAAGCACACGGCCAGGAAAAGUAGCAGCAACUACAAUUCAGCUAGGCCCGAAGACAACGGGUGUCAUAUUUGGGAGAUUGCUUUCCAGGCACAACUAAGACUGCCAAGACACCUGCGUACUCCACCGUGGAAUAUAGUCUUGAUCGUCUUCGCAUGCGAAGGACAAACAACAUUUCAAAUGUAUUACUCCAAUACUAUAGACAGUUUUUUUUUUUUGCCCCUUCUAUACUUAUAGAUCACGAUUUUAAGGCGAGAGAAGACAACCUGAGCAUCCAGCCAGCAGCUGCACACAAGAAUUCGAUUGGAAUAAUAGAGACAGGUACAUAACGCACUAUGCAUUUCUCCCUUGCCAGAAUACUUAAGUAAAUAGUGGAACAAGCUAUGUUUAGGCGUCGAAAAGAUGGAACCGACAAAACAGAAGAAGAAAUUACAAAUUAUUUGAAAUUAAUUCAAAUGUUGCCCGAUAACGAAGUAGCUAUCCCAGUCUCUGCUUAGAAGCAUAUGCUUGUUAUUCUAAUAUGCCCUUGCAUUAUAUGGCCUGGUUUGUAUAUGUAUUUCAUCCAGUAGACAGCCAUGCUAUAUACUAAUGUAA